CUGACACCUACAAUUCGUCAGCCGAUGCAACCACAAAAAAAUAAGGUUUAUAUCCUCGUCCCCAAAUAUGUAAUAACUGGAGACAGACAUCGAUAGCGGAGACACCCGUAAACUCUUUACUUCAACUCCGCACAUACACAUCACAGCCAACAUGGAACAGGAUUUUCUUAAAGGAACAGUACAUACCUAGACUUGAAACAUCUCUUAAAGAACCAUAUCAAAUCACUCUAUAACAAUUCCCUUUGUGAAGGGAGUUCCAAACGCACACACGAGAGACAGUAAUGCUCUACACCCUUCAAAGAGGUAACUUCAAGGGCUCAGCCCUUCGAAGGGAGUAGGGCAUAGGGAUGCUCACUUCCAUUUGGAAAUGCCCUCAGUCUGCUUCCAGUUUCAUUUCAAAAUGCAACAGCUAUUUUUAUACAGCUUAUAUUUAUACAAUCAAUUCGCAGUGAAAAACGCAAGCCACACCCACUCAUUUUCUCAUUUAAAAUUCCUUUUCACUUAAAAAUGCGUCAGAAUACGGAAGUAAAAACGAUCGCAACUUCAAAUCUUCAAUUAUAUCUUGUAUAAUUGCCUAUUAAAUUUAACCUUUACCAAUCAAGAAUAGAUUUAAAUACAUUCAUUCACAAAUGAUGCGCGCGGGUCCCUGUUAAACAAAAGAGGGCGCGUGGCAUUUACAUUUACGCAUUUGGCAGACGCUUUUAUCCAAAGCGAAUUACAUUGAAUUGUAUUAUACAUUUGUUUCUGACUAUAUGCAAUCCCCUGGGAUUGAACUCAUGACCUUGGCAUUGAUAGUGCAAUGCUCUUACCACUGAGCCAGAGCCAUUGAGAGAGAGAGUUCUGCCAACGGAAGUCCAAAACGCUGAAGCGUCACGUGAUUCAUGGAGCCUUCAGAUAGUUCCAGGAAGUUAUGUUUUCUCUUUAAAUGCUUUAUUUCUUUCAUUUUUUUUAUUCAUUAAAUGGUUUUCGUCUUUAAAUGGCUUAGAAGUUUACCUCAGUUGGUCUGUUUAGUCGCAGCUCCAUGCGUUACUAGUAACUUCCGGGAACUAUUAAGAUCCUCCAUUGCUGUGAAAAAACUUUUCCAUUGCAGUCAACGGAGUUGACGCGACUCUCUCUCUCAAUGGCUCUGCACUGAGCCACAGGAAAGCUGUAUAUAGCCCGAUUCACAUUUCGCGUCUUUUCCGCGCGCAUAUUCGUUAUUUUAAAUGUAGGCGCGCGGAAAUAGGGGGCGACGCGGCGCGCUCUAUUUUUCAGGCGCUUUGGCGCUGCAUCGAGAUGAAAAAUCUCAAAUUACAAAGCCGCAAGCGCACCGCAGGUCAUGUGACAAGAACCAACCAGCCAAUAUAGACAAGCUCAAUGAAAAUGGAGACACAGAUGAUCACAGCAUAACUAAAUCUAGUAGCAGAGUUAUUGCGAGGUAUUUUCAGUGCAUAUAUUCCAUAUAUCCUUUGUUUAUACCCCCACGUCUCAACGGCUAUCGUGGCCCAUGGUUGCUUAGCGACGACAGACGCCAGGAGAGCGCAAAGGAAAAAAAGGAGGUCGCAGUGCAGCUCGCGUUUUCCGCGCGGUUUUAGACGCGAUAUGUGAAUCGAGCCUAUAACUGUUAGCUGCAAUGUUAGCUGCAUGAUGUUUGUUAUAUUGGAGCUAUUUCUACACAAUUAUGUAUAAUCGUUUAAUUUCAGUAAUUUUGCAGGUUGGUCCAGGAAACACAGGUGUAAAACCGUCCAACACAAUCGCUUUCAAAUUGUUUUUGAAAACGUACUAUCCAGUGGUCACAAUCGACUGUGAUUGGCCUGUGUUGGCCAGCACGGAGAAAUGUAACAGUUACCACGUGACAACGCGCUCAUAAUUUCUUCUCAACGUAUCACAGUCUAAAUUAUAUUUUACACUAAAAUAAAGGGCCCUGUGAAACGUUAAUGAACUAUAAAAUUAGAACGUACAGUAGACAGCGAAACAAUUUUGAAUUAUUUCCCGGUUUAUUUUGUUUACACCUGCAGGCGCGUAGCUGUGACGCAAUGACGCAGACAGCAAUAGAAGCGUGCAGCGCAUAGCAACGGUAAACUGAAAGGCUGUAAGUCGUUUUAAGGUGUCAAACAAGCAUUUUUUUAUGUUUCUUAUCACAAAUGACGGAGUUGCAUCAGGCUGCAGCCGUCGGGGAUUAUGAUCUAGUGGAGGAAAUGAUCAAAAAGAAAUCGUGUGACCCCAAUCAGAAAGACAUAGACUGGAAUAACAGGACACCACUUCAUUGGGCUGCAUCCAAAGGCCAAACAGAAGUGGUUAGGAUACUGAUGGAGAAUGGAGCAAGGGCAUGUCUGAGGACGAACAACGGAUGGACGCCUGCACACUUCGCAGCUGAGUCUGGAAGACUAGCAGUACUGCGACUGCUACAUUCUCUUCAUGCCCCCAUAGACAAAGAGGAUUCAUCUGGGGACAAACCCAUCAGGAUUGCUGAAAUUUAUGGACAUGAAGAUUGUGUUCGUUUUCUUGAAAAGGCAGGGGUUGAGAGCAGAAACUAUCGACGGAUGGCAAAGUUAAAGAGGAUGUCUUUGGAUGACACUGAUGAGGAAUGGCAACAGGAAAGAGAAGCUAGAAAUGCUGAUAAGUAAUUGAGAAUAUUUUAUCAUUCUGAAAUAGGGAACAGUUUUAAAAUGCAGCAAAAUACAAAUGAAUCAACACACACACGAUUUUAAAUGAAUUAAUAAGCAAGAUAUUUAGUGAAUACAAAGAAUAAACAAAACACUAAACUUUUGUGGGGUGGCCAAAUGAAUCUGGAUAGAAAUAGGCAGUCAAAAGCUUUUGGAUACGUUUAUAAAGUUUAAAAACAUAUAAGUUAAUAUACAUUUUCUGUAUAUUAGUUUAUAGAAUUACAAAU